AUGACCCGAACGCAAACCGAAGAAGAUCCUGAUAAUUACCACUACAGUACGGAUGAGAACUAUACAGAACUAAAAGACGUCGUAACAUGCGACGGAUUGACUGUUCGUGGUGAUAUGUACCUAGAUGAUGACGAAAUUUUAGGGUCAGACCUAUGGGAUCGAGACGCUGAUAGCGAGGAGGAAGGCGAUUUCACAGGCAAUGAAAGCAUGCCAUCGACCCUUCGUUAUCAUGAUACAGUGGUUGUUAUAGUACCUAUGAGCCAAGUGCCUUCUCUUCUUCCUAAGGAUGAUCCGGGUACUGCAUUGAGUUUCGUUGCUAGUACUUUAGAGCACCAACCGAACGACCACCACCUCCAAGAUUCUCUAUUGACGAUUUUAGAAGACGCUGUCACGCGUGGCUCACCGAAUAGCACAAUACUAUCUAACGUAAUUGAUCUAGCUGUCAAGUUGCAGAGAACAAAACUGUUCGGCAACGCGUUUUCAGGGACUACCGAGAUUUCCCUCGUCAUCCUAGCUGAUGCAUUGAACAAACUUGACGCGUUGAUACAGGAUGAAGAUAUAAAGCUUUCCUUUGAAAAUUGGAAGGCACCGAUAGCACAAAAAAUGGUUGAGUCAAAGCGGGCAUUGGAUAUGCCAGAUCAUGACUACUUGAUCAUCCUGUUAUUUACUCGUUCGGGAGACUUGGAGUGGUUAGCAAACUGGUUUGCGCCAACACUAGCAAGCAAAGGCUCCAGGUUCCUCAUUUCUACGAUAUUGGGGGAGGUAUACACCAAUCGCGAUCGCAAAUUGUUUCAAAAUGCUACUCAUGCGUACCGGUGCAUCCUAGAAAGGAGUAAUGAAAAAUUGGCUCUACAGGCUAGGGAUUUUCCAUCGCCUUACAGCAGCUAUUCCUACCGACCUCUCGACAAAGAUAGCCUAGAUUUCAAGAUAAUCAUCAAAGUUAUCAGCCAAGGUCUGGACUUGGGGUUAUCUAAAGAGGCCACUGGAUUUAUUGAGACGAGCUGUAAUAAUAUCUAUAAAUCUUGCCCGGAAACCAACGCAAACAGCAUCCUUCCAGCUACAACAAUUCGAGGUUUUCUGGAAGCUCUAUUAACGGUCUUACAAAAAUACAAGGUCCCUCCACUCGAAUCGGUAAAAAAUAUGUUUGUAGCCCUCUUCCGUCACGUUCUCAUCGGAAAGCUGCCGACGCGUCCAGUAAAGCUCCCAGGGUGGAAGCACAAGCGGAUAUACUGCCAGGAGAACUGCAAUGAAUGUAGGCAGCUCAACUCCUUCCUUGUGGAUGUCAAUGAGCAAACGCGGGAGUUCGCUAUGGCUACGAAAAAGCGGGAACACCUCCAGAGUCACCUACGAAGCAAUCUUUUCCGUUGCGUUACCAGAACAGGCCGUACGCCGUACGUAUUGGUUGUCACCAAGCUGGGAAAAGAAUUCCAGGAGGAUAUGAAGGAGUACGAACGUAGUCUUGCGUCCAUUAAGAAUCAUCUCAGACCGUUCCAGUGCGUGUACGUGAAGUCUCUACUAGGAGAAGAGCUGUACGAUGAGCUGGUCCUCUUGAAAGAUGAGUCGAGUGCGGAUAACUCUGGAAUGACGAGGGCUUCUGGUGAGAAGAGGAAAGCAGAGGAGGAGCUGGAAGGCUCUAGUGCGUCUAGGCCAAAACUUAUAGAGUGA